CGUUGCUACUCCAAAAGCAACAAAUAUUUUUUUCAAUCGAGAGUAAGGACAGUCGUGUGAAUUUUUCACUGUGAAAUAAUUUAUAGAUGUGAGUUUGUGGAAAAUUUACUGUUUGUGUUUGAAAAAAGAAACAUAAUUUUUCAUAAAAAAUGCAAGCGAGGAAACGUCAAAGGAAGCGAAGACCAAGACAAAUGGCGGUGCGUUGGACGCUAAAUAUAAUGUGAUUUCGCAUUAAGCAAAAUGGCGUUUGUUAGCCCAACGAUGGGCAUCACGAACAGGGAUCUCUUAGUGUUAGUUCUGUUGUUUUGCCGGACAAUAGUUUGUGACAGUCAGUGUCCGAAGUUUGCCGGGAAACCUUUGGAGACGAGGGUUCAAGACGCUUCGAUCGUCUUCAGAGCUGUCGUUGUCCAGACGCAUUUUCAGCGGAAGACAUUAGAUUUGGCGCUGGUGUCCAUAUACAGGGGUGGUUUGGAAUUAGCGUCCGUGAGCCAAUAUAUGGGAUCACCAUACAAUACCACGGAUAGACAGGUGAACUUUAAAAUAAGUCCACAACUUAGUGGUUGCUUUAAUUGGAGCAUGGAACCUUCCCAAAGUGAGCUGGUGGUCUUCGCAAGGAUCAGUGCACCGGCAGUAGAUUUAGAAACCACCCCUCCUGAUGGUCCAUGGUUGGAGGCGACUUCGGCAGCGGUACCUUGGACUCUAGGUGUGGAUAUCGCUAUAUGGAAUGCUGUAGGGUGGGGCGGCUGGGGCGAGUGGGGGCCCUGCAGCAGAACUUGUGGGGGUGGGAGGCAAACCCGAAGAAGAUACUGCUCGAGGGCCACCUGCGAGGGGUAUGGCGAACAAGCGAGAUCGUGUAAUUCCUUUGAUUGCGAAGGUACAAUAAACCCUUUAGCACCAGGUGCAAGAAGAAACUUCCACCCGGCCCAAGCCAGGUGGGGCCCAGUGCAGGACAGACCUCAUGCUUUCAGCCUAAGGCCAAACUCGUACAUCUGGAUUGCAUCAUCGGAGCUCUUCAAUAACGGAAAAACUUUUCCCAGAGAAUUCACCCUUUUUAUAUCAUUGAGACUUAGACCAGAGAGUGGUGGAUACGGGCAAGGAACGCUGUUUUCGCUCCGAUCAAGACGCCGCACUGGUUCGUUUCUUUCACUGGAACUAGCGGGCCGAGGUGCAGCUAGACUGGUCCAUGCUGGAGCUGGAGCCUCAAGGUCUAUUUACUUAGCAGUACCACUGUACGACUUCCGUUGGCAUCACAUAGCAAUCAGUGUGCACGAUGACAACACAGUACGUGCUUUCGUGGACUGCCGUUGGUUGAGGACCGAUGUCCUUGAGAAGGACGCUCUUGACACGCCAAGGGACGCCGACCUUAUUAUCGGUUAUCUGUUCUCGGGCGAUUUAGAACAGUUAGUGCUGGUGCCAAAAGCCGGACAAGCCCAGAAGCAAUGCUCGAGCCAAGUUUCAGGGGUAUUGACACCUUACGUCACACACGGCGACUAGCAUGUUCGUUUUCUGGAUACACAGACAACAUAAAUAGGAAUGUCUAUCGAUUAUAUUCCCAUGUACUGGAAUUGUAUUCGUCAAGUUAUUAUUAAGCUUCGAUAAAUUAAGUAAUUAUUUUGUUUUCAUUAUCAAAAAUGUCACACG